GAAAUCUGUGGUCAAAAUGACGAGGAGGAGGAAGAUGAGGAGGGGGUUGGAUUUGGCGGGAAUUUGAAGAGACGGUUCUUUGACGCCCUCAAAAGAAAGUCCUCUAGGGAUCAUGAUGAUGAUGGACUUGGACCGGGUAAUUUGCAGACACUGAAAGCAGUUGCUGCGCUGGCUGCUGUCGCAGGCGGAAUGGGUGGAGGCACAACGGAUCCCGACAAAACUGUUGCAAAUGGUUUGUGCAACAUGGGAAUAUUUUCCUAA